GGCUGUGGGGGGAGUGAGAGCCGGGGACAGGGAGAGGAGAUAGAAAAAAGAGACGACAGGGAUGUGUGAGAGUAUGCGGUGAUCGGUGCUGCAGGAGAAGUCAAAGCCGGAUACAGGUUUUAUAGCCGCCCCGGACUGCGGCCACACCGCCUCGGAGCCUGCCCCUCUCCUCUUCAUCUCCUCCACACAACCUUCCGCAAUGUCUAGCGGAGGAGAUAUACGCCUGCUCCGCCAAGAGGCCGGCCAAGAAAGCCCGAGGAUGCCGGCCUGGAAGCGAGAGAUCCUGGAGAGGAGGAAGGCGAAGGGCGGCGGGUUUGGAGGAGCCGGUUCUGGCGAGACAAGCCCCGGCGGUGCGGCCCCGCAGCGAGUUAACGGCGAGCUGACCGGAAACGCGAGCAGCGGCGUAUCGACGAAAGAUGGUGAACCGGGCGCUGGAUCCGGGCGGAAUUACACCAUCACCACUGCCAGCCAACACUUCGCGAACAACAAAGAGGCACGAACGACACCGAGGGAGGAGGAGAGACACGAGAGCCUGGUGCUGCAAGAAAGCUUGGGCCCGCUGGAGGAAAACCCGUUCAUGAAACUGGAGAAGGAACGGAGGAGGAGACAGGAUCGGGAAAACGCUGCUCGUCCGGUCCAGCACAUCCUGGAGCUGUACGGCAGCGUCCCCGGUAUACGGACUAUCCGCGCAGAGAACAUUAUCAUAAUUGAAUCGGAUCCAGAUUACUUUCCUGAAGCUGUGGGAAUAAAAGCCGGGUCCAAAUGGCAACAAAACGGCGUCAGCAGUUAUAGCUCAUUGAAUGACCUCCUGGACCGGAGAGGGAGUGCUGUUACUGAGAUAAGAGCCAAGGAAGUGGUCAUUUAUGACACCACGUUAAGCAAGAGCGAGGAGAACUUGAGCACCCUGGGCCGCCCUGAUCAUGAGGUCCCGUCCUAUAACACAGGUGAGGGUCAAGGCAGGGUUAGUCGGAUGCUGCAGAAGUUUGACAGUAACUACGGGAAGCUACAGAAAAAGUCCCACAGCACAGAAAACCUGCUGGAUCUGGAUUGCAGUGCCACCAACAGGCCAAGACUCUGGCCCAAGCCACAGCCAGAUCUGGUGCCAAAACCCAGGGCAGACCCAUGGGCCAGCAGCCCGGAUAGCAGCCAGUUCUCCUCACCUACCUUCCAGAGUUCCUGGUCUUCCAAACCAAAGCCACAGCCUGCUGUCUCUGAGCCAAACCCUACUGGGCCCCUUCAGCCUGUGUCUUCCUUCAGACAGCGAUUUGAGGAUGGUGGGAGCCAUGGUGUAUCUGUUGUCCCCAGAGAUGAGACAGACAGAGCGAUAACAAAAUUCACCAGAGAGAGAGACUGGGAAGGUGCUGAGGUGCCAUCCAAACCCAAGGUGCCAUGUUCUCCCGAAAGUCAUCUUGGCCAUGCCGAGUGCCCCUCAAGCCCUAUCUCACCUAAGGUGACACGCUCCUCGGCUGACUUCGAGAUCCGUCCCUCUCCAAAACCAGACCUUGCCCGGAUUCCUGACGGGGACACCCAGGCACGGGCCCUUGCAAACCUGCGCCUGCAUUCCAAAAACUCCUUCACAGUGAUCCCCAAGCGUCGUCUUUCUGCAUCCGCAGCAAGCAGACCGGCGUCAUCUGCCUCUACGAAGUCUUCCCCUUCUCCCAAAGUCACAGAGAUGCCCACACCAGGAGUGCCAACCGCCCCGGCCCCUGCAUCAGUUCCGACACCUCCCACCAGUAACGAGGAGAAACAGCAGCAGGAGAAAGAGGUGGGGAGGAUAACAAGCCCAUCCGAGCCUGAACCAGCUUCUUCUGUUGCCACAAGCCCUGCUCCUCCUUCGGCUGUAGAACCUCUGUCUCCACCUGCUGCUCUCACCCCAUCUUCUCCUCCACCUGUUCCACGUUCAUCCCCCUCAUCCCCAGCUGUUCCGGGUUCACCUAUUUUCUCGCCACAUUCCCCAUCUCCCACCUCUCCUACCCCAUCUCGCAGUUCUUCGACGCCCUCUCCAGCUCCAGAGCAGCCCGUCAUUGAUCAGUUGCCAGUAACAAACAUUGAUGAUAUUGAUGUGGAGCCUCCACAACACCUCCCUGUUCCAAGUCCUAUGGUGCAGAGGAGAAAGGGGAACACCUUCACUGUGGUGCCUAAACGUAGGGUUGAGCCAGAGGUCCAGCAGAGCUCACCUGAGCCCCAGCAGGAAGCGUCAAUAGAGGCGCCACCAGGAUCCACGCCCCGACAGGCCCCCUAUUCACACCUUGGCUCCCUGCUGAAGAAGCGCUACCCUGCUGUGGAGGAGAUCGAGGUCAUCGGUGGAUACCUCUCCCUUAAAAAGUCCUGUCUCUCCAAGAUGGGCUCUUUGGGCAAAAAGCUCAAAAUCUCCUUCAACGAGUCGAGUCUCCACAGCACAUACGAGUAUCCUUCGGAGAGCAGCGUCUGGGACAGCGGGGACGAGGACGAGGACGAGAAACAAGACAGGAAGGUUCCAGAUGAGCAGCCCAGCAUGGUGGGACGCAUUCACAUCCCUCGGCCCACCCUGACCAGCUCACCCACACACACAAGCAACAGCAACGACCUGUCAAGCUACGUUCCCAAGCACUCAUUGGACUUCAGCGCCUGGCAGGAGCACAAAUGUGAAGAAAGUGUUUACCAGGAAGACAGCACUUCGCAACAGGCACAGAUGACAGAAGAGGUCAUGCUCACGCCUGCAGACAGCUCCUCCCUGUCUGACUACAGCAGCGAGCCUGCUCUCUACUUCUGAGCAACCAGCUGUACAGUAGCAUCACAACACCUGUAGGACCAGGUCUGAUCUGCCUCCAGCUCUAUACUGCAGCCGUCUAUUAAGCACAUGGCCUGGCCAGACAGGAACCUUUUUUUUUGUUUGUUUUAUUUUAUACUGUUUUCCUGCCACGAUAUCACUGCACUUCAUAUCGUCAACUGCACAUCAGAGCAGACUCAGCACAUCCUCAAAGCAGCUGGGCUGUCUUUUUUCUCCACCCAUAUCGAACCUGGACAGUUGAUCUGUCAGCCUCCCAUCCCUCGUCAUCUUCACUAACAAGACCGAGAGAGACAUCUGUAUUCUCUUCCAGACUCCGGCUUUGUGUUUCUCCUGCUUUCAGCUCUGCACCCCAAUGCUUGCUCUAAAUUUUCUUUUAAGCAACAAGCAAAUGAGCAGAAUGCAAGUGGCAGGACAACAUGAAGCCCCUGCCCCCAGUGCCCAUGUGUAGUAUUGCCACAUUGACAAGUGUUCAGUGUUAGCAUGUCAUUAGGAUGCGCUCCAGACAUCUAAGGCUUGGAGCACAAAUCUAGCUGCAUAAAGCAGACUUAAACACACAAAAACAAAAAAAAGGUAAAGGGUGCCACAAUGUAGUUUUGUCUUCUUUUUGUACUUGCAUGUUUUGACCUCAGUUAGUUGGUUCUCGUUUACUGUACAGCUUCUGUAUGACUUUAGUUUUUGGAUCUUUUCUGGUAAACUAUGCUGUAUCUAAACUGCUGGACAUCCGGUGCACAAGUGUAACAGCAAGCAAACUUCAACACAGCUUCCCCAGGGUUAUGGCGGGGGGGUAGGGGACAUAUGCACGCCCGAGGAAGAUCUCCAUCAGACAGUAGCAACUCCGAUCUCUGAUAAACUACUUAAAAAAGUGACCUUGGCCAACAAUGUCUGUAUGUUCGUUUUGCUGACAGUAACAAGGACAUUAUACUGUAGAAUGUUUUUGUAUAACCUCUAUAAAAGCAUCUGUCUCAUGUUAAACAGAUGCUGAAACCUCCACUUUCCUGUGUAUUUAUUCCUGCUUACAGUUGAAGUUUGCAUGCCUGGGACCUGCUCAAGUACAAAAAAUGUUUUUUUAAUGACAAGUUAGCUGGUGUGGAAGAAACCAGAUGUUCUCUUCUCUUUUUGUUCUCCCUCAGUCUGACCUCGUACUUUGACAUUCCACAGAGAAAGAUGGCGGUUCAUUGAAGAAACGAAGGAAACCAUUCUAAUCAUUCAUGAUGUGGCAUGUUUGUGGGCGUGAAUGCCGGGUUGUGUGUUUGAAAGCAUAUUUAAUGAGUUUUUUAAUUAAGAUGUUUUAUAUACAAGAAUGCACCGAGUUUUCAGAUAAUUUUUUAUUUGCUCAUAAUGCCAACUGAUUCAGGUGAUGCAGGAAGAGCCUCACUUCCUCACCCAAGACAGACCCCCAUGGCCAGUAUUAUUGUACAGUUUCCAUAUUUUCAUAAGUACAUUUGUUUCUUACUGUCUUUUUUUUUUCCUACAAUCAGAUGAAUAUUGCUCAAGCUUGAGUUUGCUCCGACAACAUUGUUUAACGAACUUAGGAAUUAUUCGCUUUGUCUGGAUGUUAAAUGUUUUUGCACUGUCAUGCUUUUAGCUUUGUUUUGCACCUCAUGAGAAUGAAAAAAUGAAAUGUGCACUUAAAAGAAAAUAAAGUCUGUUGGAAGAGUUUGUUUUAAAACAAUAACUACUGUUGCUGUACAACCACUGGCUCUGUGGCAGAUACAGUAGUUGAGAAAGAACUGUGAGACCCUGGUUGGCAGAGAAACAUUUCUCAGACUUAGUUUUUCUUUUUUAUCAAAAUAAAUUGAAGGUUUUGAAAUAGAACUCUUUAAAUGUACAUGAAUGCACUGCCAAUGAAUGCAAAGACCACUUUUUGAGCUGAUUGUCAGAACAAACAGUAGACCAAGUGCAGCUUUCCAGACAGGGCCACAAUGAAGGUGUUAAUCCAAUUUCUAUGUUCCGGACCGGGGGUGCCCAAUCCUGGUCCUCAAGAGCUACUGUCCUGUUGGUUUUCCAACUCUUCCUGUCCCAGCUAAUACUGAAUACCUUCACCAGGUGUGUUUAUCCAAUCAGCAGCUGACUGACACACCUGAUCAAGGUAAUCAGCAGAGUUGGAAAGCCAGCAGGACAGUAGCUCUCCAGGACCUGUUCUAGAUGUUUGACUGUAUUCUCAAGUUGUUUCCAAUUCUCAUUUAAAGUCAUAUAAAAAUCUACUAUUUCUAAAACACAGAGAACAUUAAGUAUAGUGGCUAUAUUUAAAUAAGUCAUCACACUUAAAAUCAUAAAAACAAUUAAGUCAGACUAUGUUUACAGUGACAGAUAAUGCAUGUUUGUGUAAAGAACUUUAACUCAAACUAUAAAAGGUUCUUUGAGGUGAUUUUGGUUAGUAGAAAGCCCCUCUUGGACCUGCUGCAGCUGUGAUGGUCAUGUCUGUGGAUCUGUGGUAACUGCUAUCUUAAAAAAAACAAGGUGGUCUACUCUCUAAAGGAAUUGUUCAGUCUCUUUCUUGGAACUGAAGGUCCAAAGAGGCAGAGUGAAAUGUGGAAAAACUUCACUGAUUGUCUUAACUGACACCAGCAAGAACUUUACUAAUGGCCAUUACUGGGACUGAGCGACAUGUGCAUGUGGGUGGGAGGCACAGCCUGUCUAUGUUUUCCUAACCAUCUCCUCCUGUUGCUAAAUGAGCAGCUUACUUUGGUCAUGCUGUAGUGAGACUGUGGUAGCCACUUUGUUAUGUUCCCCCACAUCUGUAAGUCUACAUUGCAGGAGAUGUGCUAACUGUAAAGUUAUUGUUAAUGACUGGUGAAAAAAGCAAAGUGAUGUCAUACUUGUACAAAUGAAAGCUCAAUAAAUAGAAAACUUGGAGAUGUAAAUACUAAA